ACUUAUGUUUUUAUUUUGAACUGUUUACGAACUACAGAAGAAGAUAGCAGAGAGGAGGACUACAAUUUUUUUUCCCGUGGUAAACUUCACACACACAAGGGGGACGCCUCAGUUCUGUGAGUCCACACCAUGGGGAAGAGGUAUUACUGUGACUACUGUGAUCGAUCCUUUCAGGACAACAUGCAUAACAGAAAGAAACAUCUGAAUGGUGUUCAGCAUCACAGGGCGAAAAAAGCCUGGUUUGACCAAUUUAGAGAUUCUGCAGCUGUUCUCUUGGAUGAACAAAUAAAGAAACCCUGCAGGUUUCUCCAGAAAGGAAUUUGUGGUUUUGGUUCAAACUGCAAAUUUUCUCACAUGUCUGAAGAAGAGCAAUACAACAUAAGGAGACAGUUGGAAGAGGACAAACGACACGAAGAAGACUCUGAGGACAGAAUAGUGUUUGGGCGAAGUGUAGAAGAAUGGCUCUUGAAAAGGGAGAAGAGGCGAGCUGCUCUCAGUAAAAAAGGAGAUCUCGCUACUAAGGAAGACACAGAAGAGGCUGAAACAGAAUGUGAGAUACCUCAGCAGCUCCUCUCCGUCUCUGACCUCCCACCUUCGCUUUUACCUCCUCCUCCCGGUGGAUGGAGAGUCAAAGUGAGCAGUGAAUGGGGCUGAGAGGCGUUUUAUUCUCGUGUUCAAAAUGAUUUUAAGUGGCUAAUUUGUCUGGCAUCAAAAGAACAGCGUGAUUUAGAGAUGGUUUUGUGUUUAUGUUUGAAGUUUUGACUGUUUUUAGACUGAAAUUUUGUAAUUUUGUUUUUGAAUAAAACAAAAAUAUGUUUCCGUUAGCAUCCCCCCAGAAACAUUUUAGUUUGAUGCACAUUUUUUGAUAAAAGCUCUGUGACAAUCCAGACGUCACCAGCUGACACUUAUCAGGAUGUGUUGGUGAAUUCAAUCAGCGGUCGUUUGUCCUUGAAGUGAGACUUCUCUCAGGACGUUUUAAAGGUUAAGUGUCACAUUGUGCCCGAAGGACUGGGUUAUGGCUGAGCAGAUGGAAAGAAUUGCUCCUUUUAUUUUGUUCUUCUGGCGCCUCACCGAGGGUUUCCCUGACCUCCUGAUCUCAUAUUUCUGGCUCAGCCGCUAGAGAAAGUGUUUUUCUCUUUCAAAAUGGUAAAGAUGGUGAGCUUGGGUUCAGGAUUGAUCUAAUUUCUGUUUUUACUUUAAAUAUAGGGAUGUUUAUGCAUGUAUUUAUUUAUUCGCAUUAGAUGGUCAUUAAUCUUACUCCCUGUGACCCUGGAUGAAUGAAUGCGUAUAGAACAUAAACAGAUGGAUGUUUUACAUUUUUUAAAGCCAUUUAAAAGAGCUUUGUGGGGGAAAAAGUAUAACCAAUACUUUGUUUUAAAAAUCUGUUUAAAAGGCCUCUGGAGAAAUUUAAAGUUUAUGUCUAACAGGACCAAUGAGCUAACAGCUUGUCCAAAUCCAGCUAAAUCUGCCUUCGAACAGCUCCAACCUCCAAAAUGAGUUGUUUUAAGACGGUGAAAUCUGUCAUGGCAGUGGGUCUGCUUGGACUGUAUUGUAAAGCUAAUAAUGGCUUGUUUGUGCAGACCCACUGCCAAAUCAGCUCCUCCUAAAACAUCUUUGAUUUUCAAAAUUUCAUAGCGGUCCAUGCAAACUUAAUUAUUUAAAUGUAAAAGUAUAAGAAGUGCUCCAGUUUGCUUGUUUCAAUGUGAAACAUUCAAAGAAAUCAAGUGUUGAAUUUACUUAUAAUUUAAGUCAACUGGUUCCACUAAACUGAUUUAAGUAAGUGUAAAACAUUAUUUUAAAGAAAAUGAGUUAAGUUGCUUUACUUUUACUCAGCCUCAUCAAAUAAAUUCAACAUUUCAUUUUUAGAGUGAAAAAAAGGAAGUCUAACAUUUUCUCUUUGCCCAUCUGAAUCCGGGCCUCAUAAUUUCAUCAUCAUUACAAGAUUUAUUCUCAUUUUCAAGGCAAUGUGAGAAGAACCUCCUUGUGAGCUGAAUAUAUCCUGGCACAGAUGCUGCGUAUGAUUAUACAUGACUGAGCUGUUUUUAAAAAGUCACGUCCAUGUUUGCUCACCUGGUAGGAAUGAUUAAAGGGGGGAUAUUUUUGUAGUUCAUUUCUGAUAAGGUUUUUUAAUAAAGUGUUAUUUGAGUUCAUUGUUUGUUCCAAAUAAAGACUUAAAGUGCGUGACAUGUAUUAUGCAACGUGGCUGUGUCAACAGAAAAUGUAAUGUGCAAGCAAGCAGAACUGGAAGGAGCUGGUAAGAACUGAUCAAAACUAUCGAUCCACAGAUAUGCUAAAAAGUUUUCAGUGAAAAACAUGUUUUGUACUUUUCCAUUUGUCCAAGAUGCACCUCACUCCAGCAACAGGUUUUCAUUGGUUCCUGACGUGCCAUAGUAACUGUGAAAUGAUUUGUUGCUUUCUGUGUGAUGUCAUCUCUAUGUGUGUAAAUAAAAUACAGAUUACGACCACAAAGGUCAGAACUUCUUUUUGACUUCUCUGAACAACAACUCAGAUAAGUGAUAAGAACUUCUCCUUUGCAAAGUGUAUCUCUAACUCACA